GCCAUCGGCCUGACCGACCGCACCGUCGGUUGCUCGGCUCUGGCGCUCUGCUCUGCUCUCGCGUCGCGUCCACCGACCCCCACCCCACCCACAUGGAAUGGGAAAGGAAGGUGAGGUGAGGUGAGCGGCAGCCGCGGGACCUGCGGGAGACGCUGAAAGGCCAACGAGCCAGCCAACCCGUCAGGAGCUCGCGCCUCCCCUCCGCGUCCGGCUCCAUGGAUUCGAUCUCGAUCCGGGCGGCGAGGAGCUGAGGCCGGGGAGGGGGAGGAGGAGCUGCUUCUUGGACCGGGAGGGGCGGCAGUCGUAGCAGAGCACUGCGCGGGCGGUGGCAGGCAUGAGCUGGAGACGCGGCGGGGGCGGGGGAGUGGAUGGAGGCGUCUCCAGGAGGUGGGCCGUCCUGCUCUGCGUCGGGAGCUUCUGCCUCGGCCUGCUCUUCACCAACAGAAUGUGGACGCUACCUGAGGCGAGCGAGAUUGCUAGACCAAAUGCAAAAGUAGAGGAAGGCAACAUGCCAGUUGCUGCAGAGUGUGGUUCUAAAAAGGUCCAAGAAAAACAAGAUUACAGGGAUAUUUUACAAGUUCAAGAUACUCAUCAUGACGUGCAGUCACUCGAUAAGACAAUAGCAAGCUUAGAGACAGAGCUAUCAGCUGCAAGAUCUCUGCAGGAGUCCUUGCUCAACGGUGCGCCUGUUGCAGAAGAGUUCAAAGUUUCUGAAUCAAUUGGGAGGAGAAAGUACCUUAUGGUGAUAGGGAUCAAUACCGCGUUUAGCAGUCGCAAGAGGAGAGAUUCCAUACGUUACACCUGGAUGCCUCAAGGUGAAAAGAGGAAAAAGCUUGAAGAAGAAAAGGGGAUCAUAAUCCGUUUUGUCAUUGGCCACAGUGCUAUAUCAGGUGGAAUUGUUGAUAGAGCAAUUGAAGCAGAGGACAGAAAACAUGGGGAUUUCAUGAGGAUAGAUCAUGUUGAAGGAUAUCUUGCAUUAUCGGGCAAAACAAAGACCUACUUUGCUACAGCUGUUUCACUAUGGGAUGCAGAUUUCUAUGUUAAGGUCGAUGAUGAUGUACAUGUGAACAUAGCAACACUGGGAAAUAUUUUGUCCAAACUUGCAUUGAAGCCAAGAGUAUAUAUUGGAUGCAUGAAAUCUGGACCUGUUCUAUCUGAAAAGGGUGUGAGAUAUUAUGAGCCUGAGCAUUGGAAAUUUGGGGAAUCAGGAAACAAGUAUUUCCGACAUGCUACCGGUCAAUUAUAUGCUAUUUCGAAAGAUCUAGCAACCUACAUAUCUAUAAAUAAGCAUAUCCUGCACAAGUAUAUAAAUGAGGAUGUUUCACUGGGUUCUUGGUUCAUCGGGUUAGAUGUUGAGCAUAUCGAUGACAAAAGACUUUGUUGUGGUACUCCACCUGAUUGCGAAUGGAAAGCUCAGGCGGGGAACAUUUGCGCCGCGUCAUUCGACUGGAGAUGCAGCGGCAUCUGCAAUUCCGAGGGGAGGAUCUGGGAAGUGCACAAUAAGUGCGCCGAGGGUGAGAAGGCGCUGUGGAACGCCACGUUCUAGCACAAACAAGACAUCGACAGAAAUCAAAUACUAGAUCCAUCCAUUUUGACUGCUGUUUGUAAAUUGUCCCACCGUUUGUAUGUAAUUCGUUUGUAGGUAGUUUGUGAUUUUGUGACGGGCUAACACCAACGAAAGCGGACCACAAUUUUAGGUAGUGUCUGUCUGCCGGUGGCGGUGAAGAAGCCGAAGAAGGUUGAAGAUGUGGUGCAUUCUUUUGCGCGAUAAAGGUUUAAGGUGGUCAUUUUGUACCGAUCUCCUGUACUGUAUGUAUGGCUGCCAAUAUGUGAGACCAAAAAUAAAACAAAAACUUUUCUGCCUCCCUGGGGCUACAUUUGAAUAAUUCUCGAUUAUUUGUCAAAA